CCGCUGUUUCUCGCGGUAGCUACUUUGCAAACGACAGGUGUGAAGGUUGUUGCGGGUUAUCAGUCUGAAGAAGAUCUAUUAGCGCAAGCCACGAUCACAGUCACGAUGAGCGAAGCCGCGAUUAUCUCAUUCGCCAAGGAUUUCCUGACCUGCGGAAUCGCCGCCACAAUCUCAGAGACCACCGUCGCUCCGCUCGAGAGAGUCAAACUGCUGCUACAGGUCCAACAUGCCAGCAAGCAGAUAACAGCAGACAAACAAUACAAAGGUAUCAUUGACUGUGCAGUGCGUAUUCCCAAAGAGCAGGGCUUCUUAGCCUUCUGGAGAGGUAAUACGGCCAAUGUCAUCAGGUAUUUCCCCACACAGGCCCUCAACUUUGCUUUCAAAGACAAGUACAGGAAAAUCUUCCUGGAUGGCGUUGACAAGCACACUCAGUUUUGGACUUAUUUUGCCGGUAACCUCGCCGCCGGUGGUGCGGCCGGGGCCACGUCAAUGUGUUUCGUUUACCCGCUCGACUUUGCCCGAACUCGCUUGGCUGCCGAUGUCGGCAAGGGUGCUGCAGAUAGAGAAUUCACGGGCCUCGGCAACUGUUUAGCGAAGAUCUACAGGUCUGACGGUCUGAAGGGUUUGUACCAAGGCUUCAACGUUUCCAUGCAGGGCAUCAUUAUCUACAGAGCGGCCUACUUCGGCCUUUAUGACACCACCAAAGGCAUGCUUCCUGACCCCGAAAAUGCACACAUUGCGGUGAGCUGGAUGAUCGCUCAGAGCGUGACUAUCGUGUCUGGUUUUAUAUCAUAUCCCUUUGACAUGGUUCGCCGGCGUAUGAUGAUGCUGUCUGGACUUAAAGGAGCUGACAUUAUGUACAACGGCACCAUAGACUGCUGGAGGAAGAUCGCGCGUGAUGAGGGCCUGAAGGCUUUCUAUAAGGGUGGCUGGUCUAAUGUGUUGCGAGGGGUGGGUGGAGCCCUCGUGUUGGUUCUGUAUGAUGAGUUCAAGAAGGUCAUUUAAACUUUAAAGUCGGCAUCUCUGUUUGACACAAAACUGCAAUUUACUUGCAGAGUUAUUUUCUUAACGUGUGUUGUGGUGAAAUGAAGUCAAACUGAUGUUACAAAUGAAUUUGUUCCCAAUAGCUCAAAUUAUGAAUAUUAUAAGUUUACUGUUGCGAAUUGUAAUAAGGUGACGGUUUUGAAAACUGACUUUUAGUUUACAUGCGCAAUAGCUGAUAUUAAUUUUUUACUCAUUUUAAAGUUACAAAUUGCAGCUUUUAAAGGUCAUGCUUUAUGUGUAAGAUGCAGCAGGUUGACAAAAAGGUCACAAAAGAAACAAAAUUAUUCUGAAACAUUAAAACCAGAGAGUCAAGUGCAAUGACAGUGAAAUUUAAAAGGUCAAAAAUGCUUUCUAGAAGGCAUCUCAUGAAGUCUAAAGUGUGAAAAAUAGUUAUAAUACAGAAUGUUUGUCUAAUUUUUGACUGUUACAUGUACGUAUAUUAUUUAUUUAUUAUAAUUUAUUUAUUGGGGUAAAUUAAAUUUUGCUGAUGUAUCGUCAUACCAGUUUGUUU